CCAAAUUCCUACAUUCAUUCCCAUCAUCAUGGCUCAAAAGCAAUUCAAAGCUUGUCUUUUCGACUUGGAUGGCACGUUGCUUAACACCGAGGAUAUCUACACCGAGGGUACCUCCAAGGUCCUCGCCAAAUACGGAAAAGGACCGUUAACAUGGGACAUCAAACUCGACUUACAGGGCAGACCUGGUCCUGAAGCCACGCGCAACCUCUUAAAUGCGUACGGUAUAACCGAAGUGACACCUGAGCAAUACAUGGAACAAGCGUUCGAGGUGUUGCAAGAUCUCUGGGGCACAAGCGAUUGGUUGGAGGGAGCAUUGCCUCUUCUUUCGUAUAUGAAGGAGAAGAACAUUCCCGUGGCUUUAGGAACAGGGUCGAAUCUGAUUAAUUAUAAGCUCAAGACCGAUAGGCUCUCGGAACAUUUCGAGAUAUUCGGCCAUCAUGUCGUGACUGGAGACGACCCUCGUAUUCCGCCUGGCCGUGGAAAGCCAAACCCAGAUAUUUGGCACGUUUGUCUUGAAUCUUUGAACCAGCAGCGUGAAAAAGACGGCUUGGAAAGUAUUGCUAUGGAGGAGUGUUUGGUGUUUGAAGACGGGAUUCCUGGUGUUCUUUCUGGCAAGAAUGCCAAUGCCACCGUGAUCUGGGUACCCCACCCAGGUGCGCUUGCUGAACUCAAGGGCAAAGAAAAGGACAUUCUCAGCACGGGCGGUGAAAUUCUCCCUAGUUUGGCUGCUUUUGACCCCACAAAGUAUGGGUUUUGAUAGAUUAUAGAUCGUGUGAAGAUAAACGAUUUAGAAGCAUUAUGAUUGAGCUGGACAGAACAUGCAAGAGUCUUACUUGUAGUCUGAUGGAGCCCGCGUCGUAUUGCAAAUUAAUACCUUGCAUUCUCACUGAUACAAAUACAAAUACUGAUGUGUUCAGGUGCCAUUCAUUUCGUAAAUCGGCUUAUUUAGUACCUUUUCUCAACCACGUGAAACGGAUACACCCAGGCUGUACGAAUAGCCACAUGGUACCUCAAGUAAGCGGCUUGCCGCAAUAAAUAGUGCCAAAGAAGCAUGUCGAAGAUCUCUAGAUCCUAGAUAUUUAUGAGAUUGGGCUGUGAAGAAUUGCAAAGAGAAACACUG